ACAUGCCACAUCCCUCUCUCUCUCUCUCUGUCUUUUACUUUCUGUGAUAUCACAGCUUUUUAAUUCAAAGCUGAUGAUCUCUCUUAUCACUCAUCGAGGACAACAGGCACCUUCAUCCAACCAAAGUUCUGUCUCUCUCAAAACUUUCUUCUUUCAUAAUAGAAGCAAACCUCAACCAAAUCUCUCUCUGCCCAUUGCAUUCUUCCCUGCAUCUUUCCUAUACUCAAAAACAGCGAAGUCCCUUACAUACAACUGUACUGUCCCGGACACAGAGAGAGAAGGAGGACUAGAAACAAGAAGCAGUACAAAUUAAUUUUGCUAAAGAACGGAAGAUGGAAAAUGGCGGGAACAAAGGUCAAGAGAAUGAUCAUGCAAAUCUUCCUUGGGAUAUAUGGGAGCUUAAUACUUCAAGAUUUGACUUGGUAAAUAGUAGUAAUAACACUGCUGCUGCUGCUGCUGCUACCGACACAUUCUUCACCACCACCGCCACUAGUGUGGUGGAGAGCGGCAGCUCCUGCACCCACCCAGAAGGCACUUCUGCACAUGGGUUCUUGUUUCCUUACCAGAACAAUUGGCUUUACCACCACAGCAACAAUAACAGUUAUCAGCAACUCUCUCUUUAUGCCGGGGAUGGGUCCAACUUGCCCCCAGACCCGCACCUAAUGUGCUUGAAGCUAGGCAAGCGACACUACUUUGAAAACAGUACUAGUAAUAACAAUCACAACAACCACCCAAUGAGUGACCGACACGAGGUUGGUGGGUUCUCUAUAGGCAAAAGAGGCAAACCCUACUACAGCGUCGGUGGUGGUGGUGGUGCUCACGACGGACCCUCCUCUUCCACGUCAGUGAAUGUGCCGAGGUGUCAGGUGGAGGGGUGCCAUGUGGCGUUGUUGAAUGCUAAAGAUUAUCACAGGAGGCAUAAAGUUUGUGAGAUGCACUCCAAGGCUCCUAAAGUAAUUGUUCUAGGUUUGGAGCAGCGGUUCUGUCAGCAGUGUAGCAGGUUUCAUGUAGUGUCAGAGUUUGAUGAUGCAAAGAGGAGUUGUAGGAGGAGAUUGGCAGGGCACAAUGAAAGAAGAAGAAAGAGCUCUCAGGAUCCUGUUUCAAGGAAUUCCUCUCAAGAUUUUUCAGGAAUAAGCCCUUUUGUUGUUUGAUCGGGAAAACGGAAGGGCCCUAUUUUCUACCUUCUAAUUUUCAAAACUUUGUUUUAAUUUUUAUAUGAUUUUUUUAGAUUGUUUUGAUGGGUUAUAUUAAAAAUAAUUUUUUUUUAAAAGAAUAUUUUAAUAAUUUUUCAAAAAAAAACACUUUAAAUAAACAUUAUUUUUUUCCCCAAAAUAAUUGCAAUCACGAAGCAGAAAUUCGAAAUAACGAAGUAUUAAUUAGCUGGAUCAGAUUUUGAAUUGAAGGGUCUGCAACACUGCUUCUGUAAGGGCUUGCUGGUAAUAAGAAAACGUGCUCCUGUCUGAAAUUUUAUUAGGUGCUUGUGUACUUAAGACUGCUUCUGUGGAUGCCCAUCAGAAGAAAAAGAUGAGCAAGUAAAAUAAAUUUUAUGAACUGAAGGAGGACUUGGUAACUAAACUACCAGUUGAAUCGGACGCCUUUAGUUAUGACUAGGCUGGCUGGAUAGUCUCCCGGUAGGGUAUCGAUGCAUUUAUUACUACUUGUAGAUAGGUUUAGUUGACAUGAUAUCAGUUAACCUUGGUUAAAUUCUGUUCAUGCUAGGAAGGGAAGAGUUUUAGAGGAGAAAAUUAUCCUCACUGGGUAGCUCAACGAGGCAUUUAUUUAAGGAGAAAAGCAAUCAUUACUAUUGUAACUACAUAAUCUAGGGUUUGCUAGAACUUUCAUUAAUAUUAAUGUUGCAUCAUGAAGAUUUAUUUUUUA